AUGAAAGCCUUGAAAGUACAACAACCUGGACUGCUCGAGGUGCUCGAUGUGGAACGUCCCAAAAUUCGUCCAGGCUUCUGCCUUGUCAAAGUUCAGGCGGUGGCGCUGAAUCCAACGGAUCACAAGCACUUGCACUACAUCAGCUGCGAGGGCUGUACUUUGGGAUGCGAUUACGCAGGAAUUAUCGAAGAAGUCCGCCCAGGUUCGUCUCUCAAGAAGGGGGAUCGUAUAUUUGGAUUUCUUCAUGGAGCAAAUCUGGAGCACCCUGAAGAUGGUGCAUUCUCGCAAUACACUCUUGUUAGAGAGGGUCUCCAAGCGAUUAUCCCGAAGAGCCUGAGUUUUGAACAAGCUGCAAGUCUGGGAGUAGCCAUCACCACGGUGGGCAUGGGUUUGUGCCAGACGCUCCAGCUUCCCUUACCAGGAGACCGAUCUUCCGAGAACACAUCUGUUUUGAUAUAUGGUGGUAGUACUGCAACUGGUACUAUGGCUAUACAGAUCGCCAGACUGGCUGGGCUAGACGUCAUUACAACUUGUAGUCCCGCCAACUUCGCACUGGUGAAGUCGUUAGGCGCUUCUGUGGCCUUUGACUACAAUGAUCCAAGAUGCGCCGAAGACAUCUUCAAACAUACCCGCGGGCAAUUGUAUCAUGCUUUAGAUUGUAUUUCAGAGGGCAAGUCAGUCGAAAUUUGCUCUGAGGGACUGUCGAAAGAUACAGCAGUUCAGCCAGCGCGGUACUGUUCGACACUUCCUGUGGACUUUCCCCGCAAGGACGUAAUUUCCACGUUUAUCCUCGCAUACACAGCUGUCGGAGAGGCCUUUCACAAAAUUAUAGAUCAUCCUGCCAAUGUUAACGACUAUAAUGCGGCUAAGAAGUUCUGGGGCAUUUAUAAGAGACGGGGGCUUGGAUAG